AUGGCAAGCAACGAUGGGAGGAGUUUUCCCCCGAGGAAGUGGUACAGACGAGUACCUCUUCUAUCAACAAAGCCAAUUGAACAACGUCUGACAGCACCAAAGUCGUCACCCACGGCAGGAAAUGUCGAGGAUCAAGAAGGCGUCAGAUCAGAAGACAGAGUCCCUUUGCCAGAAGCCAAGGCCAACUGGUUGUCAAUUUUGACCUUCAAUUGGCUUGGGCGUCUUCUAACAACAGGCUACACAAGGCCCCUUCAAACCGAUGACUUGUACGACUUACCUGGCGACAGGCUGGUACAAGAUCAUGCAGACCGACUUGAAGAAGCCUGGGCUGCAAGACUGGCCGUAAACCGCGACAGAAAGCCAAUUGCUUCAUCUGGUCCACUCUCAUGGAGACCAUUUUGGGCGAGGCACACAACCGACACCACUGUCUUAACAUUAGCCCUCAACGAUGUCUGCUUCAAGUGGUUCUGGCUUGGCGGACUCUUCAAACUCGCAGGAGACUUGUCGCAAAUAGUCUCCCCCCUUCUUAUCAGAUUCCUCAUCGGCACUCUAUCAGACCCAUCUCAGCAAGCUCUACGCUCAGGCUUCGGCUACGUUGUCGGCCUAUUCCUUCUUCUCGUCUUCUCCGUCACAUCCAACGUCCAUGGUUUCUACCGCUCUUACACAACCGGUGUUCUACUGCGCGGUGCUUUGAUGCAUGUCAUCUACCGCAGGGCAACGACGCAGCUCAGCGAAAAGGCCAAGCUCAAGCAUGGUCUAGGCACGGGGAAGCUCAUGAGUCUCAUCAGCGCAGACGUGACGCGUGUUGACUUCUGCUGUGGCUACUUCCACGUGGCGUGGACGAGUAUCUUCCAGGUGCUGCUCUGCUUCGCUUUGACCGUGUGGACGAUGGGAUACAGCGCGUUGCCAGGAUUUGGCUUGCUUGCUCUGCUGUAUCCUCUUCAGUCGUUCAUGAUGGGUCGCCUUCUUCGUCUCAGGCGAGGAAGUAUGCCUUUCACUGAUGCUCGAGUCAAAGCUGUUGUUGAGGCAGUUUCUGCUAUUCGACUGGUCAAGACAAAUGCCUACGAGGAGAGUUUACUCUCCAAAAUUGGCAAGUUGAGAUCUGAUGAAGUUGUUUUUAUUCGCAAGAGGAUGCUUCUUCGUGCGCUUAACACUGCUGUAUCAUACACUGCUCCCACUCUAGCUUCGGUCGUUAGUAUCGUUUGUUACGGAGCUACCAGUAAGGAUGGCAUGGAUUCAGGUGUUGUCUUCUCCUCUCUUGCCUAUUUCAUGCUGCUGAGAACGCCUCUGCAGGCUCUGCCUACUUCUCUGUCUGCAAUUGCUGAUGCACGGGCUGCUCUUGAACGGCUGUCACUGUUCAUGCUUGCUUCUGAUACAGACUCUGCUUCUCAAUCAAUGGGUCCUCAAUCGACAUUUGGAGACUCUACAAGCGGGAAGCAGCCAGACGAUGUUCUAGUAAGGGUUGAAGAUGCAACCUUUGCCUACCACGACGAUGAGCAAAUUCUAGCUGCAGAUGAAGAAGUCACACAGGAGAAGGCCGAUAACCAAGAACCUGUGAAGCAAAGCCACAGGCUGUUCCUCGACUCAUUUCUGGUGAAACGCAAUCAACUCGUCUGCAUUGUAGGCGCAGUUGCAUCCGGAAAGUCCUCAGUCCUGAAAGCACUUCUCGGAGACAUGCAGCUUGUACAAGCACGAUCUUACCAACUGAGCCUUACCACUUCCUCUUCCCAGAUCGCUCUAGCACCACAAACCGCCUGGCUGUUGAGUGAGACAGUACGAGAGAACAUUGUGUUUGGAAGACCACUCGAUCUUGCAUGGUAUGACGAGGUACUCACUAGAUGCUGUCUCCAUCAGGAUAUGAAGGCUUUACCAGAUGGCGACAUGACUGUAGUCGGCGAGAAUGGCGUCUCACUCUCGGGAGGUCAGAAGCAACGCAUCAGCCUUGCUAGAGCUAUCUACGGAAGAAGUCCACUUCUCUUCCUCGACGAUUGCUUCUCAGCUCUGGACGCCCAUGUUGGGGCUCGUGUUUUCGACAUGGUGGUCAACCAAGCUCGUCGAAACAACGAAGGCACUAUUGUACUGGUCACGCACUCUAUCCCCUUUGCCAGACAGGCAGAUCAUAUUGUCUACAUGGAGAAGGGUCGCAUUGUGGAGCAAGGUCCAUACGAGCAGCUGUCAAGUCAGGACGGGCCCUUUUCACAGUUCGCAGGCUCCUCGCCGUUGGUCCUCGACUCGGAUUCGGACUCUGACACAGCAGGCAGUGGAGAAUCUGGGCAAGUCACAGACGAAGAAUCCAAGACAAAAGAACCACAACCAGCCACUGAGGCAGAGGCCAAGGAAAAACAGGGAGGUCAAGCCCGUGGUAAAGAGGUGAUGCAGACUGAAGAGCGAGUCGUUGGCUCCGUCAGUGGCCGAACCUACAUCCGCUACGCACAAUUUGGCAACGCCUGGCUCACAGUCCCUCUCCUGAUAACCUCUAUCGCAAUCUACCAAGGAACCAGCAUUGUCUCGCCCCUUUGGCUUAGCUGGUGGCAGAAGAACCAAUACUCCUCAAUCUCUGAGGAUGCUUACAUGGGAGGCUACGCAGCAUUUGGAGUGGGACAAUCGCUCGGUCUCUUUUUUAUGAGUGCGACAUUUGCUCUGUUCUGCUUCUGGUGUUCUAACAAACUCCACCAUGCAUCCAUGUCAAAGGUUCUGCUGGCACCUGUUGCUUUCUUCGAUACCACACCCCAAGGCCGCAUCACCCAUCGGUUCAGCAAAGAUGUCGAUGCUGUCGACAACGUGGUGGGCGAAACACUGAGACUGUUUAUCUCGACGUUUGUACAGGUCCUGGGCACCAUCAUCGUUGUCAGUAUCAUCGUACCAGCAUUCCUAGCUAUUGCGGCUGCUUUGCUCCUCGUUUAUACCUGGACCGGGAUGUACUACCGACCUUCCUCGAGAGAGCUGCGUCGUCUCAAUAAUUUGCUCCGAAGCCGUAUCUACGAGCACUUUGGCGAGUCUCUCUCAGGUCUCCCAACCCUCAAGGCCUUCGGUGCUGUGCCGCGUUUCGUUGACGACAACGCACGCAAGAUCGACACUGAGAACACCGCUUACUGGCUGUCGGUUGCGUGUCAACGCUGGCUAAACUUGAGGCUGGACUUGUGCGGUGCGACUCUCGUCUUGGCCGCCGGUUUGCUUGUCGUGGGACUUCGUGGCACCAUUGAUCCUUCAUCUGGUGGUGUGGUAUUGUCCUACAUCGUCACAGCGCAGGCAGUAUUUGGUAACAUGAUUCGCCAAAGUGCCGAGAUUGAGAACAAUAUGAACUCAGUGGAAAGAAUGCUGCACUAUGCUUACAACAUUGAGCAAGAGCCUGAACACCAUGCGGAUAAUGUUGAUAAGGAUCUGAAGACUCGACAGUGGCCACAUGCUGGCCAUGUUCAGUUUCAGUCGUUCACUCUCAGCCAUCGUCCUGGGCUGGAACCUGCACUUAGAGACGUCAACCUGGACAUCAAGGCGGGCGAGAAGGUUGGCAUUGUUGGCCGUACAGGUGCAGGAAAGACAACAUUGAUUUCCGCUCUGCUCAGAAUUACCGAACCUACAAAUGGCAGAAUUCUUAUUGACGGAGUCGACAUCCAUACCAUUGGACUGCACCUUCUCCGAUCAAACCUAUCUGUCAUCAGCCAAGACGCCGUCCUUUUGGCUGGCACCAUUCGAUACAACCUCGAUCCCUUCCAACAAUAUGACGACGAGUGGCUUCAGGAGUGUUUAGACCGAGUUGGUCUAUGUCAACCGAAUGAGCAAGACGAAAAAGACAAUUCCGACUCCAGAAGUAAAGGACCAAGUCUUAACCUUGACGCUGAAGUCAAGGAAAACGGCUCCAAUAUCUCUCAAGGACAAAGAUCUCUCAUCUCCAUCGCCCGAGCUCUCGUCCGUAGAUCAAAGAUUGUCAUCUUGGAUGAAGCAACGGCCUCCAUUGAUGGAAGAGCUGAUGCAAAGCUUCAAGCUAUGCUCAACGAGGUUGUCGGAGACGCAACUGUUCUCACCGUGGCCCAUCGACUAGACACUAUUGUUGCUACAUGCGACAAGGUUGUUGUGAUGGACAGUGGUAGAGUAGUUGAGUUUGAUACCAUUUCGGAGCUAUAUGCCAAGUCAGACAGUUUGUUCAGGUCUCUGUGUGAUGCGGCAAAGAUUUCUAUUCAAGCAUAG